UUCAAGGAAAAGGGAUCCACUGAACAUCAAACAGCGUGUUUGUGUAAAAUCAUCAAAAAAUUUCCCUUAGCUUUCCAAAACUCGCCUGGCACCACAAGGUUUAUACUUUGUCUUUUGCUGAAUGAUAAAUUUGCUAUGACCCACAAAAAAGCGAUAUAGCCUACAGUAAGACGAGCAAGGUUACAUACCAGAGUCAGUAAUGGAGAACACCAUCCCUCUCAUUACAAUAAUGGGACCAUGAGGAAGAGGAAUGAUCGAGUGCUGUGAAAAUAACUUAAAGAAACACUACGAUGGAUUACAGACAAAAAAGAAAACUGUCUUUUCUCACUAUUGGAUUAAUAUUUCUUUUGAGUGGCAUAGAAUAUGCUGUCAUUCUGCCAACUAUAUGGCGAUAUCUGCAGUUAUUAGAGGCACCACCUUAUUUUCUUGGCUUGGGUCUAUCUGCGUUCAGCUUCAGUGGGCUGGUGUCAGGUCCAAUGUUUGGUCACUGGUCAGACAAGACCAGAACUACAAAGACCAUCAUUCUCUUCUCCAAUGUGUUUGAAAUUGUGGGAAACUUCAUGUAUUUCAUGGGAUAUUCAAAAUGGCUUCUGCUGUCCAGCCGUCUUGUUGCAGGAAUUGGGGCAGGAGCUGGUUCCUCAAUUUUUGGGUUCCUCACACGCACUACCUUGCCUGAUGAGAGAGCUAGAGUAUUUGCUGCUGUCAUGGCAUGUCGUCAGGCUGGACUUCUGAUUGGUCCUGCAUUCAAUAUCUUUCUAAGGUUGUGUGAUUUCAAAUUGGGACCAUUGAUAGUAAAUAAGUACACCUCACCUGGGCUCUUCAUGUGUGGGAUGUGGCUGCUUAUGCAAUUUGCAGUGAUGAUCCUUUACUGGGACAUCCCACCACUGGACUCCUUCCCUGAGCACCACAUGCCACUCAGAGAGGUCAGAGGUGAAGAAGAUGAGCCCCUCAUGAGUUUGGAAGAUGAAGACAGGGCCACAGCAGUGGACUCAAAUGGCCCGAUCAAUCCAGAACAGACUGAGACCCAGCUCUCACCCGAAAUCCCACCUUCUCCUCCUGAUUCUCCACUUCCAGAUACCUCUGACCCCUUUGAAAACUUCAGUGCCAGUCAAGAGUUUCUGAGGGAGGAGGUAGUGGUUCUCCUCACUGCUCAGUUCAUCACUCUCUUCAAUCAGACAGCACUCGAGACCAUGGUGACCCCUCUGACGCAGAAGUACUUUGGCUUUGGUGAGCUGGGGAACAGUGUGAUGUACAGCCUGUGUGGGGUGGAGGUAAUUGCAGGUUUCUUCCUGGUGCGCUGGCUGAGCCGUGUGCUGGAGGACCGGGUGGUGCUGGCGGUGGGGCUGCUCAUCUGCAGCGGGGCUUGUGUCUGGUGCCUCAUCUUCCUGGCCAAUCCACAGGGUGGUUUUGUGUUCGAGUUAAUUGAGUUUAUCAUCGGAGUGUUCCUGCAGUUACUGGGACUUCCUUUUGUUGCCGUGUCUCAGGUGUCCCUCUUUUCUAAGGUUACAGCUGAGAAAACACAAGGCUUUAGUCAGGGUGUGCGACGUUCAGUGGGGGGUCUGGCCACCAUUCUUGGUCCCCUGUGGGCAGGGGGUCUAAUAGGAAAUCUAUAUGUGAUGCUGGGUAUGAUGAUGCUUCUGCUGACCCUCAUCAUGAUCAUGAUGGUGUUGUCCUAUGAGAAGCUAGUGGAGCCGCCCAGGGUGGAGCAUGCACAGGACUCAGAGAAUGGAGGAUAGAGUCCAUCCUUCACUUUUGCAGGAUACAGCACAGAGCAAGAGCCCCUCUCUCUGUGGUCUGUCUGCCAAAGUUUAGCGCUCGUGUGGGGCUGUACAGAGCAGAUGCUGAAACAGUGGGAGAUAAGAGGCCCUGCCAGGGCUAGCAGACCGCGAACAGCGAGAAGGGCACACACACAGACACACACACACACUACUUUUGGUAUAUAUAUCAUAAAAAUCCUAGCAUACAUAUCCUAAACAUAUACUUAAUUCUGACAAAUUUUGGUUUUAUAAUUUAGUCCUUAUCAAUUUUGAUUUCAUUUUGCAUAGUGUAUUGCUGAAUGACUCUUUUAAUGUACAUGUUUUAUAUGAUUUGAGGAUCCCCUGAUUUGCUGAGGAGUAUGAAUAUUUGAAAUGAAUGGACACAUGAUGGCGCUAUUGUGCCUUAAAGAGAUUGACACUGAACAAAACUGCACGACUCUCUAUGCAUGAGAAUGCGUGUGAGAGAUUGUGUGUGUGUGUGUGUGUGUGUGUGUGUGUGUGUGUGUGUGUGUGUGUGUGUGUGUGUGAGAGAGAGAUAGGAUGAUAAAGGGAAAGCUACUGAGUUUCUCAAAAACAAAUGAUUCAUGCAGCUGUUCUGCACAAGUUCAUUGGUCAUUUCUUUGGAUAUUUACUCAUCUUAAGAGAAAAAUUUAAUAUUUAUGUGUCUUCUGGUACAUACGAUGUGCUUUUUGUAAAUUGUUUUGAAAUAUUAUUACUGUAAACUCAUUAAAAUCUGUGUUCAUCAAAUAUAGAAGUUUUAAAUUAAUGACUCAAAGACCAGCAUUAUUGUGCCAUUCUAUCAUUCAAUAGUCUUGCUUUUGCUGGUGUGUCCUUAUAUAUAAAUCCCUUUUUUUCUAUACAUAAUAUAAAUAUAUAUUAUCACUGAUAUUUUAUUUAUGUUCUGUAAAUAUUUCAUUAACAUUUUGGAUUGUGGCUAUGACAGACCUUUUUUUCAGAGUUCAGUAAUGUAUUUCAUCUUUAAUUUAGCAAGGUGAACCUGCUGUAUCGAACUUUUUUCUCCCUUAUGGUCAUUAUUUAAUGUAUAGCAAUCAAUGUACUUUGUGUUGUAAUACAGUGGCAUUAAUUUAGUAAACAAGUCAAUG